UUCUCCGCCGGACCGCGCCUCUUCUGCCUCUUCCCACUCCGGGCCCUUAACUGCCGUCGCGCCUUCACCUCGGAUCAUGUUCAAGAAAUUUGAUGAGAAAGAAAAUGUGACCAACUGCAUCCAGUUGAAAACCUCAGUUAUUAAGGGUAUUAAGAACCAGUUGAUAGAGCAAUUUCCAGGUAUUGAACCAUGGCUUAAUCAAAUAAUGCCUAAGAAAGAUCCGGUCAAAAUAGUGCGAUGCCACGAACAUGUAGAGAUCCUCACAGUGAAUGGAGAGUUACUCUUUUUUAGACAAAGAGAGGGGCCGUUUUAUCCAACUUUAAGGCUGCUUCACAAAUACCCUUUCAUUCUGCCGCACCAGCAGGUUGAUAAAGGAGCCAUCAAGUUUGUACUCAGUGGAGCAAAUGUCAUGUGUCCGGGCUUAACUUCUCCCGGAGCCCAGCUCUACCCCGCUGCCGCCGAUACGAUUGUUGCAAUCAUGGCAGAAGGAAAACAGCAUGCUCUCUGUGUUGGAGUCAUGAAGAUGUCUGCAGAAGAUAUUGAGAAGGUCAACAAAGGAAUUGGCAUUGAAAAUAUCCAUUAUUUAAACGACGGGCUGUGGCAUAUGAAGACAUAUAAAUGAGCCUGAGGAGGAAUGCGCUUGGACUAAUUAUGGACUUUGUGCUCUGUUUUGUGUCCCUUUGUGAUAGCAUGAAAAUAAUACCUCUGUUUUGCUGAAUAAAUUCAACAGAGGCUUUAAAAAAGAGACAAAGUAAAGAUUUAGAACAAAU